AUGGCAAUUUUAUAUAGGUCGUACCGAAAAGCAUUAAUUGAUGAGCUGUCUUCAGUUAGUGAUCUUGCAUUGACAGCGGAUUCUUGGUCUAGUCCUUGUCGUGUUCAUUUUGUUUGUAUUACAGCUCAUUAUUAUGAUAAAGAAUUUGGCUAUAUAUCUAAAGUAAUAUCAUUUCGUCGAUUUAUUGGACGCAGUUUUGCUGUACGUUUACGUCAAUUUAUUCGUUCGAAAUUGAAAAAGUUAAAAAUCAGUAAUAAAAUUUGCUCUUUCACAACUGACAAUGGAAAAGUUCGUUGCUUAAAUUUUCCUAUAUUUUCUAGAAAACGUUCUUCUGUUCAAAUUACAACGCAAGAAGAAAAAGAAGAAGAAGAAGAAGAAACUGGUUAUACUGAUAUGGAUGAUGAAGACCAAAUUUGGGAAGAUGAUAUUGAAAGUAAUGAUUCAAAUGGCAGUGAUGUUUCAGAUGGAGAAUCAACAAAUGAUUAUUCUAAUAAUGAUAGUCCUGAUUAUGAAGAUUCCUGUCCAGAAGAUAGUGAUAAGGAUGAAGAAUCACUUAGUCAACAACCAUGA